GGUAGAAAGCUCGCUGCCUUCAAGGUGUUGCUUUAUUUAAUGCUCGCUGUGUCGUAUCGUUGCGAGCUGCCCUGUUUGUCUGCUGCGUAUGUGCAGAAAAACAGUAGGAGCACCAAUUCUAAACUAGACGGCACGAAAGACUUCAGUUACAUUUCACCCCUGGGUCUCCAGUCAAGCAUCCCAUAGUGAACGCUUCAUGUUAUGACUAUUAGUUGUCAUGCAUAAAUAAUCUUCAAUUGGAGGCUAAUCAUACUGGCUCCCACAGUAAAUAUAUGGUCUGUAUGUUCUGCUUUUGCAAGUCAUGUGCUCUCCGAAGAUUUUCCAUCCAGCCUGCCCAGCAGAGGAAGAUUCCAAACCGGUAUUUGGGCCAGCCCAGCCCCUUCACACACCCACAUCUGCUCAAACCAGGAGAGGUAACCCCAGGAUUGUCUCAGGUGGAAUAUGCUCUUCGCCGACACAAGCUGAUGGUGUUGAUCCAGAAGGAAGCCCAAGGCUGGGAUGGUUUGGACCACACAGUGAUUCUGCUGUCCAACCCCACAUACUACAUGAGCAAUGAUAUCCCCUAUGUUUUCCACCAGGACACUAAUUUCCUGUACCUCUGUGGGUUUCAGGAGCCUGACAGCAUCCUGGUGCUGCAGAGCAUUCCUGGCAAAGCGCUGCCAUCUCACAAAUCCAUACUCUUUGUGCCCCGGAGAGAUCCAAAUCGAGAGCUGUGGGAUGGGCCUAGAUCAGGCCCAGAUGGGGCAAUUGCUCUCACAGGAGUAGAUGAAGCUUACACCAUUGAGGAGUUCAGGCACUUGGUGGCCAAGCUUAAAGGUGAGUCAAACAUGGUUUGGUAUGACUUGAGAAAACCAGUGCAUGCAGAGCUGCACUCUGACUACAUGCAGCCCCUGGCUGAGGUAAAAGCUCGGAGCAAAAACCGCAUCCAGGGUGUUCGACACCUCGUGCAAAACCUUCGUCUGAUCAAAUCCCCUGCAGAGAUUGAGAGGAUGAAGAUAGCUGGCCGGGUGACAGCAGAGGCUUUCACAGAGACGAUGUUUGCCAGUAAAUCCCCUGUGGAUGAAGCCUUUCUGUAUGCAAAGUUCGAAUUCGAGUGCCGGGCUCGUGGUGCUGACAUCUUGGCAUACCCCCCUGUUGUUGCUGGUGGCAACAGAUCGAACACUUUGCACUAUGUGAAGAAUAAUCAGCUCAUCAAGGAUGGUGAACUGGUCUUGCUGGAUGGUGGAUGUGAAUUUUCCAGCUAUGUGAGUGACAUCACACGUACCUGGCCUGUCAAUGGAAGGUUCACCAAACCCCAAGCAGAACUGUAUCAAGCUGUUCUGGAUAUUCAGAAGUCCUGCUUGAGCCUCUGCUCCCCUGGCAUGAGUCUGGAAAAUAUCUACAGCCUCAUGCUGAGCCUUAUUGGACAGAAACUAAAAGACUUGGGUGUCUUGGAGAGCAGCAUCACUGAUAGCCAUUUCUUCAAGGCUGUUGGAAAGUACUGCCCUCAUCACGUCGGCCAUUACUUGGGCAUGGAUGUUCACGAUACCCCAGAUAUAUCCCGAUCGCUCCCCUUCCAGCCAGGCAUGGUGAUAACCAUUGAACCAGGCAUCUAUAUCCCUGAGGAUGAUUUGAGUGCUCCAGAGAGGUUUCGUGGCAUUGGUGUGCGCAUCGAGGAUGAUGUUGUGAUAACAGAGGAUACACCUCUUGUCUUGUCUGCUGACUGUCCCAAGGAUAUCUACCACAUUGAGCAGAUCUGUGGCCGCAGCUCAUGAUGCCCCUUCCCUCUUUCAUCCUCCUUGGGAGAUGCAACUCUGCAGGGAUGCAGGUCCCUUAGCUGGCUGUAAUUGUCAAGUGAUGGAAGGCAUGGACAGUUGAUGGCUGUUUCCAAGACUGGGACUGGGCAGUGGAACCCAAAGGCCUUGGGUGCUGAGGGAUGAAAAAGCAAAGCAACCUUUUCUGUGCGCAGUUUUCUUCUGAUUUGUGCUGACGUUGAACUGUUGUAUGAUGUGGGAAUGGAUUCAUCUCUCCGCUGUGAGGAUCCAUGUGUUCUGGGGCCCUUGGGAGGGGCUGCAUUUUGUCAGUGCCACCAGAUGCAUGGGCACAACAGCAGAGACCAAGGCCCCCUUUUUUCCCCUUAGUAGCAGUUUCACAACAGUCAGAUUUUUAAAAUGAGGCUUUUAUAAAUGCUGGUUUGGUUUGGUUUGGUUGACACUAAGAAAGUGUCAGCUUGAAUUUUAUAGAGCCAUGUAAGGAGAGAGUCUGGUAAUCAGGAAGAUGGGUUUGGUGGAGAGGUGGUUGUAACUGAAGCCCAUGGAGAGUUCUUUUAGUAUUUUAAGGAUAAGGAUUAGGCCUUGUUCAGGCAUAUGCAAAACAGGCCCGCAGCAGGGAAAAACACCUUGUCUUUCAGCUUAUUGGAGUGUUUGGUAAUUUCAAAAAUACAAAUAGGGCUGAGAAGGCUAGGCAUAUAUCUCCUUGCUGUCUUCCACAUUCCCAUCCUUUUGUCUCAAAGGUCCAUUCCUUUGUCCUGCUCUGAGCCCCUCUCUACCCUAGGAAGCAGGGCCAUGUUGCUUAUGCUGGACUCCACUGAUGAGCUGUUGGUUGUUACCCAGAUGUGAGGUGUCCAGUUCUGGGACAGUCACAGCACCUUUCUGGCUUAUGCUUGCCAUGUGCUGCAAGUGCCAGCAACUUCAGCAAUGUGGUUUUGAAGAGUCUGCCCUAUG